AUGUCGGCCAAGGUUUAUGUCGGUAACUUGAGUUGGAACACUACAGACGACUCGCUGCGCCAAGCAUUUUCGCAGUAUGGGAAUGUUCUCGAUUCCAUCGUCAUGCGUGACCGUGACACCGGUCGUUCUCGUGGAUUCGGAUUCGUGACCUACUCUGCUACUGAGGAGGCCGAUGCUGCCAUCGCCAGCCUCCACGAUCAGGAGCUUGACGGUCGCCGGAUCAAGGUCAACAUUGCUAAUGCUCGAGGCUCGGGAGGUGGAGGUGGAGGUGGAUACUCUGGAGGUGGAGGCUACGGUGGCGGAGGCUACUCUGGCGGUGGUGGAUACGGUGGUGGUGGAUACGGUGGUGGUGGAUACAACCAGGGCGGCCAAGGUGGAUACGGUGGUGGUGGAUACAACCAGGGUGGAGGUUACGGCGGCGGUUACUAAUUUCCUGGCUCGCGAUUAUUCCCUGGUUCUGUGAGAUCUCAUGCGCUUUCGACACACCAUCGUUUUCUGUCCGCUUUCUUUGACGAAUUUCUUGUGUGUAUAUCUACUCGUGGUGCAACGCCCUCUGUAUUUUAGCCAAAAACGCGAUUCUCGUUUCUUGCUGGUCCAAACUG